UUCUUAGUGAAGAAAGGGGGGGGGACGUCCUUCCCGGAGUUGCCUGGCCGGUAGGGAAACGGAUGAAAUAAAUGACUUGCAUUUCAUUUCAAGAAGUGGGGUAGAUAAACGACCAUGAAGUCUUUGCGUCAUCUGAGAAGCUUUUGGAAAGCGAAUCAAAAGAUUAGAUGCUCUUCUAGUACCGUUAACAGUGAAAUAGAUUUACAGGGUAAGCCAUUUUCGGAGAUUCCAAGUUUGCCAGCAUUACCAAUUUUGGGAGCAUCGUGGCACUAUAUGCCCAUUAUAGGAAAAUAUCGCAUAGAUGAACAACACAAAGCUAAUAAAGAAAAAAGGAAACGUUAUGGAGACAUCUUCCGAGAAAAAAUUGGAAAAUUAGAUAUAGUUGUUACUUUUUCCGCUGAAGAUAUGCACGAAAUUUAUUUAAAUGAAGGACGAGACCCAUUUCGAGUGAAUUUCGAGUCUGUAGUCGCUUACAGGAAAUCGAGACCCCACUGGUACAGCACUGCAGGCGUUGUCUCCUCGCAUGGGGAAGAAUGGAGAGAAUUGAGAUUUAAAACUCAGGAAUAUAUCUUGAAGCCCGCUGCUGCCCUAUGGUAUUUAGAGCCAUUCAGAGAUGUAUCUGAAGAGUUUGUUAGAAAAUUGUACGUCGUUAGAGAUUCAAAUGAUGAAGUUCCUAACUUUCUGAUGGAAUUGUACAAAUGGAAUCUAGAAUCUAUAUGUUUAAUUGGAUUGAACACGAGACUUGGAUGCUUAGAUACUGACUUGGAUGAAGACUCGGAUGGUAUAAAAAUUAUCAAUUCUGUGCAAACUAAAUUCGAUUGCAUCAUAAAACUAGAAGCCUUUUCACGUAAUUUUCAGCUUUGGAAGUAUUUCUCAACUCCGACAUGGAAAAAAUUUGUAAAAUGUUCCGAUACCUUUUCCGAGAUAGCAUUCAAACAUAUCAAUAGUGCUUUGUUGAACUUAGAACCGUACAAAGAAGAUCACGAGAAACCUUCGUCUUUUCUUCAAGUACUGAUCAAAAAUAAAAGCUUAGAUGUGCGAGACAUAAUGGUUGUUUUAGCUGAUUUUCUAAUGGCUGGCAUUGAAGCGACUGCACACAGUAUUGGGUUUCUUCUUUAUCAUCUGGCUAGGAAUCCAGAGAAACAAGAUCUGUUAUAUAAAGAAAUAAUGAGUUUUCUUCCGACAAAGGAUGCCAAACUGAUAAAUUCCAAUUGCUAUGAACUGAAAUAUUUGCAAGCUUGUUUUAAGGAAUCUUUAAGGCUAAAUCCACCAGUGGGUGGAUCUGCGAGGACAUUAGACAGAGAUAUUGUGCUCAGUGGCUAUAUCAUUCCGGCUGGUACUUUACUUACUGUACCUUAUCAAGAGCUUUUUACACAAGAGAAGUACUGCAAGGAGCCGUUGAAAUUCAUCCCUGAACGUUGGUUGAAAGGAGACGAAGACAAACCUAAACCUUGGUCAUUUUUGCCUUUUGGAUUUGGUUGCCGCAGUUGCAUGGGAAGAAGGCUUGCUGAAUUGCAAGUGAUUUUACUUAUUGCAGAGAUAAUUCGAAACUUCCAAGUGGAGUAUCAUUUGGAUGAUAUUGGGACCAAAACAAUGUUGGUGAACAGCCCCGAUAAGCCGCUUCGAUUUAAUUUUAUUGAAAGAUAGGAAUGCUUCUUUUGAGCUUUGGAGUUCCUAUGCAGUGAGAAAAUUUUGUCAAAAUGGUUCAAAACAUUUUAUUUG